AUGAGGUUAUCACGGUGGACGACACGUCUGGCAUUUCUCGCAGCGACCAGCUCGUUCUUCGCAGCUGCGGAGCUGACCCCGACGCCAACCCGAACCAAGGCGCCGAUCCCGACGGCGGCCUACGUGGCAGGUGGAUCACCAUUGAAGCUCUUCAGGCGGCAAGACUGCCCGGCCGGCACUUCUUUAUGUUCAGAUUCGCUCGGAACAGCCUUUGAGGGCGUCUGUUGCGCAACGGGACAGGCCUGCGAACUUGACGAUAACAACCGGCCAGCAUGCUGCCCUUCAGGGGCAGUAUGCACUGGCACGGCUGCGACGACAGCGCCCAGCGCUCCGACGGCCGUCUCCUACGUGCCGAAUGAAUACUUCCCGUUUCCGUACAUUGCUACGUCCCUUGACCGCGGCGAAUGCUCAUCUGCCGUCAGCCAGUGCUCUCGGAAUUACCAGAGCUGUGUGACCCAGCUCGACGGAAACUCGGGCUUCGGCGUCACCGUUGUCGUUCCCGGCGGAGGCGGCACCACAGUCGCUGCCACUCGACCGGACGUCGGAACCUCAGCCACCCCAAUCUGCUCCAGCUUAAGCUCCCGCGCCUGCUAUGGCUUGGAGAACGAACAGUGUGCGCAAUCGACAACGGUUAACGGUGUUGUCAUCAACGCUGCGGCACGUCCGACGACGGCUUGCAUGGCCGGCAUCGUUGCCGGCGUGGGAGUGGCCGUCUUUGGCGCUUUGUAA